AUGGAGCAACGUGCUAUAGCCUGUGAUGACUGCGACCAGUGGAUACAUAAAGCCUGCCUGGGUAUGUCUACCACCAUGUAUAGCAGACUCGGAGAGAGCACAGACACCUGGUCAUGCCCAUCUUGCAACAAACCAAACAACUCCUCAAUAGUAUAUUCAGUCGUAGCUGAUGACCAUACAGAUGAUCAACCCAACCCCUCUUUUUCAUACAGUGUUUCAGAUAUAUCAAUGCAGUCCAGAUCUAGCGUGAGUACUGAACACAGCAACUCUACCUUCAACCUCUCUGGUGCAAACAUAAUUACCUCCUCACCUAAGCCUCAGCAAACCUCAGCCAAAUCCACCGCGAAGAAAAACAUGCUACGCAUUCUUAAUAUAAACUUCCAGAGCCUACGUAAAAAGGGGAAACUCCUUGAGUCAAUCAUACUAGACUGCGACCCAGAUGUUAUUUUAGGCACCGAAACCUGGCUGGACAGUCAAGUGGCCUCUAGCGAAAUACUGCCAAGUGACCUUGGCUAUGACAUACAGCGGAGAGACAGACCUGAAAACCCCCAUGGUGGAGUCCUUAUAGCGGCAAAACACCAUCUCCUGCUACACAACAUUUACAAGAGCAGUAACACAGAACUGGUUAGUGGCACCAUCAAGUCAGGAUCCAAAAACAUCACAAUAGCAACCUACUACAGACCACCAAACAGGACUGAUUCUGAAUACCUCUCAAAAUCAACAGAAGAGAUUAGAACUUUGAAGCCCAAAUCGAAGAACAGCAUAUUUAUUAUUGGGGGAGACUUCAAUUUACCAGACAUAGAUUGGAAAACUCUUAACAUAUCUGGAUCACAGUACCCACAGAGCACCAGCAAACACUUCCUAGAUAUGAUAGCUGACUCCAACCUAGAACAAUUAGUGGAUUUUCCAACCAGGAAAGACAAGGUACUAGAUCUGAUCCUGACCACCCACCCCAGCUUCAAGAUGAGAUGUAAACCUAUGCCCUCGAUAGGGAACAGCGAUCAUGACAUUGUGCUCCUCGACACUUCGAUCCAAACAUACCAUCCACGCCCAGCAAGACGGAAAAUAUUACUAUGGAAAAAGGCGGACCUUAAUGCCAUCAAAGAAGACACCCGUACUCUAGCAACCGAAUUCCAGAACACCCCAUACACAGACAUUGAAUCGAUGUGGCAUGCUUUUAAAACAAAGAUCACAGAAAUUAUAACCAAGAGAGUACCAUCUAAACUCACUUGUUCUAAAUAUACAAAUCCAUGGAUGAAUUCCACCAUUAAAAGAACCAUUCGACGGAAACAAAAAGCCUUUAAGAAAGCUAGGAAAUCAAACUCCAAACGAGACAGAGAUCGUUACAAGCGACUGCAAAAAGAAGUCCAGUGGCACACAAGACGAGCAAACCGGCAGUAUAUGCAAGACAUCAUCAGUGACAGUAGUCCAGACAACAAGAAGAAGUUCUACUCCUACAUCAAGAGCAAGGGUCAGGAAAUGGUUGGUGUAGCCCCCCUGAAGAACAUUGCUGGUUUCAUUCGGAGUGACAGCAAGAGCAAGGCCAGUAUACUGAACCAGCAGUUCAGCUCUGUCUUCACCCGAGAACCCACAGAGAACUUACCUGACAAGGGACCAAGUAGCCACCCCAGCAUGUCAUCUAUUUACAGUUAG